AUGAAGGCCUUCACAAGUGUGCUGGGCUCUAUUAUGAAAAUGGUCAGUAUUCACCCGACCAAAUUGAACAGUUGGAUCCGUUGUACAAUUCUCUUAGGCAGCAAUACACUUGGUCUUCUGCUAUUGAGUGAUCUGAAUUUUAACUUUGCUGCUUUCCUUCUUUAUGAGUCUCAGAAAAAGAAAAUGAGGCAAAAAUUGAGAAAAGCAGAGGCUCGAGCUAAGAAAGAGGCUGAAGGUAAAAAUGAAGAAUCCAAUGCUAAUAGUGUCUCAAAGACUGGGAAACGAAAUGUGAAACCUGUUGAUCCAGAUCCCCAUGGGGAGAAAUUGUUGCAGGUAGAAGAUCCACUUUUAGAAGCUACAAAGUACUUGAAGUUGCUUCAAAAGAACUCCCCUGAUUCGUUAGAAACACACUUGCUUUCUUUUGAAGUGAAUGUGAGAAAACAGAAGGUUUUGCUUGCCUUUCAGGCUGUAAAGCAACUACUGAGGUUGAAUGCUGAACACCCAGAUACACAUCGCUGUUUAGUAUGUAUCUCUGUUAUCUAUGGCCAUCGUGUUUGUAUAUGUUCUUAG